UAAAAUUUCGUUGGCAUCACUGAUUCGGGUUUAUAAGAAACCGUCAAGUUUAAAAUUGCAAGUUCGUUGCAGCAUUUUUCAGUGUUUUUUGAGCAAGCAAACAACAAAGAACAUUCCUAACAGUUCUUCACAAUGAGCGAGACUGUGGAUAUUUCACCUGCUCAAGAUAAAGGUGUAUUGAAGCAAAUCUUAAAAGAGGGUGUGGGUGAUGAGGUACCACCAGCAGGAUGUAAAGUUAAAGUCCAUUAUACCGGAACACUCACGGACGGCACGAAAUUCGACUCUAGCCGUGACCGGAAUGAACCUUUUCAAUUUGACAUCGGAAAAGGAAGUGUAAUCAAAGCAUGGGACAUCGGUGUGGCCACUAUGAAACGAGGGGAGCGAGCAAUGCUGACUUGUGCCCCUCAGUAUGCUUAUGGUGAAGCAGGAAGUCCACCAACCAUCCCCCCCAAUUCUACCCUGCUCUUUGAUGUUGAAGUGAUUGACUGGAAAGGUGAGGAUUUGAGUCCCACUAAGGAUGGAGGCAUUGAGAAGAUACAAUCUAUAACUCCAGGAGAAGGUUACACUACACCAAAUGAUGGAGCAAUGGUGGAGGUACACCUCAUAGGAAAACAUGAAGACCGCGUAUUCGAAGACAGGUCCGUUUCGUUUACAAUCGGAGAGGGUUCAGAGGCUAACAUUAUCCGUGGUGUAGAAAUAGCAUUAGAAAAAUUCAAAAAAGGCGAAUGCUCUCGUUUGAAGAUCAAAUCGCAAUACGCUUUCGGUGAUACGGGAUCUGCUGAGUUAAACAUUCCUGGCAAGGCUACUGUUGUGUAUACUGUUACCUUGAAAAAUUUCGAAAGAGCCAAAGAAAGUUGGGCGUUGGACAGCUCCGAGCGGGUACAACAGGCCGAAUUGCUUAAGGAAAAAGGAACAAAUUACUUUAAAAAUGGCAAAUUUGAAUUGGCUAUUAGAUUGUAUAGGAAGGUUCAGGCCUUUUUGGAUACGGAAAAAGAUUUUCAAGAUGAUCUGGCAGAAAAACGUAAAAAUUUACUUAUAGCUUCCUAUUCCAAUGAAUCGUUGGCCCAUCUCAAAGUAAAAGAUUAUUUUGCCGCCAAGUCGGCUGCUAAUGCUGCUCUCGAACUCGAUCCCGAUAACGAAAAGGCAAUCUUCAGAAGGGGACAAGCUUAUAUUGGUCUUUCUGAAGCCGAGUUGGCUGCAAAAGAUUUUGCUAGAUGUUUGCAAAUUGAUCCUAACAAUAAGGCUGCUCAAGCCCAGCAAGCAGCCUGUUCAAAGAUUAUUAAGGUGCAAUUAGAAAAGGAAAAGAAAAUAUACGCAAAUAUGUUUGAUAAGUUUGCUAAAAUGGAUGCACAGAGGGAGGAAAAUGAAAAGGAGAAGGUUCCAAAUGUAUUAUCAUCUGUUGGAGAAUGGGGUCAAGAAGAUCGAGAACGGGAACCAAGUGAAUUCGAAAAGGAGAAUCCAAAUAUUUUACUUUUGAAUGGCAGUGGAGAAUUUAAAGAUAUGUAAUCGAAUUUAUGAAUAAAUUUUUAACACUA